CAAAGCACGGACGAGGCAGCCCCGCCGGGCCUCGGCAAGAGCACCUUGGAGCAGAACGACGCCAAGGGCACCUGGAUCAACAUGAGCCAGAGCACGGUGGUGCUGGGCACCGACGGGAUCACUUCUGUUCUGCCGGGCAGUGGCAGGGUCACUGAGCAGACGGAUGAUGACCAAGGGGACGAAAAUAAAGCCCGGGGAAACUGGUCUAGCAAGCUGGACUUCAUCCUCUCCAUGGUGGGUUAUGCGGUAGGACUGGGCAAUGUCUGGAGAUUCCCGUACCUGGCCUUUAAGAAUGGGGGAGGUGCAUUUCUUAUUCCCUACUUGACAAUGUUGGCUCUGGCUGGAGUCCCUAUAUUUUUCUUGGAAGUUUCUCUGGGGCAAUUUGCUAGUCAGGGACCUGUAUCUGUUUGGAAAGCCAUCCCUGCCUUACAAGGCUGUGGAAUUGCUAUGCUGAUUAUCUCUGUCCUAAUAGCCAUAUAUUAUAAUAUUAUAUUAUGCUACACACUUUUCUACCUUUUUGCAUCCCUUGCAUCUGUGUUACCUUGGGCUUCCUGUACCAAUCCGUGGAACACACCAGAUUGUAGAGAUAAAAACAAACUUUUGUUAGAUUCCUGCAUCAUUGCUGACCAUCCCAAAUUACAAAUAAAGAAUUCUACUUUCUGUAUGAGUGCCUAUCCAAACUUGACCAUGGUGAACUACACCAGCCGUGUCAACAAAACCUUUGUCAGUGGCAGUGAAGAAUACUUCAAGUACCAUGUGUUGAAGAUUUCUGCAGGGAUUGAAUAUCCUGGUGAAAUCAGGUGGCCUUUGGCACUGUCUCUGUUUCUGGCUUGGGUAAUUGUCUAUGCCUCCCUGGCUAAAGGAAUAAAGACAUCAGGAAAAGUGGUGUACUUUACUGCCACAUUCCCUUAUGUAGUGCUUAUAAUCUUACUUAUCAGAGGAGUAACCUUACCAGGCGCCGGAGAUGGAAUCUGGUACUUCAUCACACCUAAGUGGGAGAAACUUGUUGAUGCUAUGGUAUGGAAAGAUGCUGCCACUCAGAUCUUUUUCUCUCUGUCUGCUGCAUGGGGUGGUCUGAUUACUUUGUCUUCCUAUAACAAAUUCCACAACAACCUUUACAGGGACACCUUGAUAGUAACUUGCACCAACAGUGCCACGAGUAUAUUUGCAGGCUUUGUCAUCUUCUCUGUUAUUGGAUUCAUGGCAAAUGAACUUAAAGUUGACAUUGAAGAUGUUGCUGACCAAGGUCCUGGAAUUGCCUUUGUAGUUUAUCCUGAAGCCUUAACCAGGCUUCCUCUUUCACCAUUUUGGGCUAUAAUCUUCUUCUUGAUGCUUCUAACUCUUGGCUUAGACACCAUGUUUGCCACGAUUGAGACAAUAGUGACAUCAGUUGCGGAUGAAUUCCCAAAGUACUUACGUACUCACAAGCCUCUGUUCACUCUUGGAUGCUGUGCGUCUUUCUUCAUCAUGGGCUUUCCUAUGAUCACUCAGGGUGGGAUGUACAUGUUGCAGCUCGUGGACACCUAUGCAGCAUCUUACUCACUUGUUAUAAUAGCCAUCUUUGAGCUUGUCGGUAUCUCAUAUAUUUAUGGCUUGCAAAGAUUUUGUGAAGACAUAGAGAUGAUGAUUGGAUUCCAGCCAAGCAUAUUCUGGAGAGUCUGUUGGGCUUUUGUGACCCCAACUAUUUUAACAUUCAUCCUUUGCUUCAGCUUCUACCAGUGGGAACCAAUGACUUAUGGCAGCUACCACUAUCCUGGCUGGUCUAUGGUACUAGGAUGGCUGAUGCUGGCUUGCUCAGUUAUCUGGAUUCCCAUUAUGUUUGUUAUAAAAAUGCAUAUAGCUCCUGGAAAAUUUAUUGAGAGGCUCAAGUUGGUCUGCUCUCCACAGCCAGAUUGGGGGCCAUUUUUGGCUCAACAUCGUGGUGAACGUUACCAGAAUAUGAUAGACCCCCUGGGAACAUCUUCUCUUGGACUUAAACUGCCACCAAAAGAUUUUGAACUGGAGACACCAUGCUAGUAAUCCUCCGAUUUCUAGCCAUGUUGUACAGUCCAUUCCUUCCUUCCUUCCUUCUUUCCUUUCAUUCUUUUGUUUGUUUGUUCUUUCUUUCAGUGCCUGAAAGUGGUUGGUUAAGAAGUAAGACAUAUUGUUGCAUGCCUGUAGUAAAGAACUAGACAGACCACUUUAAGUACUGGGUUUUUGUCUUUGUGUACAGUUGUGCCCAAGAAGGGAUACUUUGAAUGUGGAACAGUGACAAUCAAACAGUUGCACGGGAAAAUUGUUCUUGAGAGUGCUGCGCUGAUUCUGUUCUUAGGACUAAUUCACACAAUAUAAUUUCAUAUAUUGUUUUGGCAGCCAUAUGAGUGGAAUACAAGUUGCUAGCACCAUCUGGAUGGCCCGUGAGUCCUGCCCUCUGUUUCAGUUUUGUUGAGACAUGGUUGGAUUGGUCUGCUGGGUACACAUAAUGCUAUAGAGAUAACAGGAUAGAAGCUAUCCUUACUAUCUUCUUGAUGUUUUUAAAAAUAUGUCUUUCAUGUCACAGAGUCAACCUUGCACAAAAGUUUCCAUAGCCUCCCUUUUUAUGACAUGUUAUAGAUGCUGAAGACAGGGCUAAAUUGACAAUGUACAAGAGUAAACUAAGUCACAAACAGAGUAGACUUUGUUGAUUUACAAUUUGAUGUCUUCCAUAGUUGGGACUAGCAAUUAAAUUUAGUCCUCUGUUUCCCUGACUAUGGAAAAAGUUUCAAUAUCUCAGGCUCCUGCUCCACGCUUAUUGAUUUUUAAAGGACCUGAAAUUAUAUGUAGGAAACAUCUGGGGCAGAUACCUUUAUAUAUAAAACUGAAACUACAAAACUGAAGACUACAAACAAGCGGCUUCAUUGCUAUUUGAAUAAAUACAUUUCUAUAUAUUUACCUCAAGUUACAGUCAAUCCAGUGUCUUUAUGAAAUCUAUGAUUGCAAUUGGAUAUUUACACAAAAAUAUCAGGGUAAUAGUCUGUAGCUGACAAUUCAGGAGGGCAAUUCUGAAGCCAGUUCUCUUAGGCCCAAGUCUUUCCCAUGCUUAAAUUCUACUAAUGAAAAUGUUGAAAUUUGAUCCUAAAACACCAUCUCUGAAAACUUGUGUUCUGCAUAGAUGUAUUCUGCACCUCUUCUUCUGCUCUCUAUAGUUAGUAUAUUUGUCAUGUACAUACAGAGUUGUUGUUGGGUAGGUGAAACAAUAGAACUCUGCAAGAUGAGGCUUGAGAAUUGUUUAUGGGACUAGAUUCUACCUCUGUAAUGCCAGAUCUAAAUCCAGGAGGCCUCUAUAGAAACUGAAUAAAGUCCUCCACUAUUUAAACCAUAGAAGCCAAGCCUGGCCCAUGGAUUGUGCCAACAUGUCUUCCAUUCAGUGGCUGCUACUUACAAUGGCACAAGCUGAGCAGCUUUUUGUGCAUGCAAGGAGACAGCCUUUCAACCCAGUGCACUAAUAUAAUAUGCAACUUGGCAGUGGUGUGGAGGAAGAUUAAUGAGCAUUUCAGGCUUUUAAACAGUACAUGUUUGAAGAGAAAAAUAAGAGCAUGAUGGUAUGUAUUUGAGAUAAAGCUGUAUCUCUUUUCUGAAAUCUGAUACAAAAGAGGGCCAAGCUGAGACAGAUGGGCACCUCCGUUUUAAUUGAUUUCAUGCUUUUUAAUUACUAAUCUACUAGAUUUUCCCCGUUUCCCCUUAAAAAUGUUUCAGUUCUUCCAAAUAGUUGUAAUGUCUUCAUUUUAUUGGCAAACUGAAGAGGGGAAAAAACAUGAGCCCUAGUUCUAAGUUUGUCCAAGAUAAGUUUUCCUUGCUUUAUUCACUUCCGUUUACAAUCUCUCCUUCUCAAGAAGCCAUCAUAUAAUUUGUGCCUAAUUUUAUAUUGCUACAGUAGUUGUAUAUCCUGGCUUCCAUAUAACAAACAGUUGUGAGCAUUUAUCUGUGUAGUUCAGCUGUGUGAUUUGCCCAUGCUAUUUUCUUACAAAGUUCUUUAUAUACAGCCUUUCGAUGUAUUCUUCUCUUUCAGCCAGCUGGGUGAGCGAAGUAGCAGAGCCCUGAUAUUAGCCUGUAUAAAUAUAGUUAUUAUUAUUAUUCUAUACAAUGCAUAACUUCACAAUGACAAAUUAUUCCUCAAAACAGCAAUCCUGAGGUGUACAUGCUUUCCUUUUAUUCCCUCACUCCCACACCAUAGUCAUUUCAAACCACCAUCACAAGUUGCAGCAGUAGAGGGACAAUGUAUUAUAAAAAAGAAAAAGUAAGAUUUUAGCUUCUUGGCACAGCAUCCAUAAACAAGUUUGCAUUGUGUUAUUGCACACAGUACACCCCAUAGCACUGAACUGCCAUAUGAGCAGUGAUAUACAAGUGUUAAUCUGAAAAUAGUUUUUUAACCUAUUGAGUAGCUUGAAAAUAGAGCUUGUAAGACUCCAUACAAAUAAUCCCGUUUAUUAUAAAUGCACUAUACAAUGAGGGAGAAAAAUAUAUCGUUAAUAAUUGGCAGUUAUUAGUAUUCUCUUGUAUCAUACCCAUACAUAUAUGAGGUUUUUAAAAAGUGACCAGUGUUCAUGUAGUGUGUACUAGUGCUGUUUUAUGUCCCUAUAAAAUAUCUAGCAACCAAUGUAGAGAUGGUGAGUUUUAGAGUAGUUUUGCUUGUUUCUUUCCCCCUCCUGGUGUUUGUAAUAUCCAAUCUAACUGUACUUCCUUUCAGGGGACUGAUCAUAGCAUAUCAUAUCUUUCCUUUUGUCUGUUUGUCUUCACAUUACAGGGUCUCAGAGCUGCUUUCUUGUCUCCUUGGAUAAGAUGUCUCUCACAACUGGCACCUGCUGAUUCUUCUGAUUCAGAGGUGAAAAAUCACUGGUUAUUUAUACUCUUAUAUUACUUAAUUUGCUAAGCAGUGGUUACCCCAUCUUUUAGUGACAGCUGUUUACUUUUUUUCUUCUCAGUGUCUAAAACAGCUUUAAAGCAUCUAUGUAAGCAUCCUCACAUAACCGUUUGCAAAACAAUUGUUUUCAGCUGUCAUGUGUUUAUUAUUUUUAUAUCUUUUCAAUAGUAAAACAAAACAGGUGGUUGCCAAAGAACUCUUUUGAUCUCAGUAACCUUGCUUUUCUGGAGCCUUUUAUAUGUUUUCAUGUCACAAGAUUAAAAAUACUAUAUGUUUAGGGCAGUUUUAGGGCAAUUUUUUUUUAAAAGCCCUCUCCCAAUAAUUGCUCUAACACUCUUAGACAGACAAGGUAUUAAACCUUGAUGGGGGCUUAUCAUUUCCCCCUAUAUAUUUGGUAGGAAACAAACCAACUGUUCAUGAAUGCUGAGGAAGGGUUGUAAUUCAAUGAUAGAAUUAAUGCUUUAGAUGCCAAGAUUCCAGGUGAAAUCUCUAGCAAAUAGACCUCUGGAAAAGAAUCCUUUUGGAUAUACACUGCUAGUUAUAUAAAUAGCACUAUAUUAGAUGGGCCACUAGUCUCAAUCAGUGGCUGAAAUCCUGUUGCUUUGCAUACUGCAUUGCACUAUAUUAAGCCCAUUGAAUGAGUGAGGAUUUAGUGAGUCAUCUCUUCUGCCUGUUUCAUUGAAUCAGAUGGGCCUACUUUAGUGCAAUUUAUGGUGCUAACUAUUGGGAUUUCAGACUGGUAUAAGGCACCUUUAAGUUUCCAUGUUACAGUAUCUGUUGUUCUAGACAUGUGUUUUCCUUCUUACGGAAUAUAACUGUCUGCUUCAGCACACCCUGCUACUCUUUAUUUGAAACCACAGCAGUGCAAAUGCAAACUGGAGCAGAGGUGGGAGACCUCAAGCUCAGGGACUGAAUCUGGCCCUUCUGGGUUCAAGUCCAGCCCUCUGUGGUCUCCAGAAGGCCAUGUCUUCUUCUGCAUGACACUACUGUUUGGUGGGUUUUCCAGCUUUUAUAUUGAUAGUUGCCAUUCUAACAAUUUGAAAUGUGUCUUCUAUGACUUGGUUGCUACAGUAAGAGGUUCAAGCUAAAAUGUAGUGGGGUUUUUUUGUCACACUCUCAUUCACAGCUUGAAUGUGCCCCCUUACCAGAACUUUUCUGACAUUGAAUCUGGUCCACAAACUGAAUGAUAUUAUACUCCACCCAUCCACUGGAGAGUAGACACUGUUUCCUAGGAUGUCAAAUAAGACACAAGCCUGCCAAAAUUAAAUAUUUUUUGCAGGUAUGUGCCAGACUCUCUCCAGCUGACAUCCAUCGGACUUCAGUGUGUUUAAGUUUGCCUAAAUUCUUCCCAGAUAUUCUGCAACCUUCUCAGCUGCUUUUCUGAAAGAGAGUCUGGCUUCAGUCUUCCACUCAUCCAAGAGGAUUGCCUUACUAAACCUGCUCAUAUAAUAAGAUUUUCUUAAGAUAUGUUUCUUGGAACUGCAAUGAACUGCAAUGCUGACCUCAAAAUAUGGAUGACGGAAUUAGGGCUGAUUUUACAACCACCUGGCAUACGCUUGGCGUGAGAAGCCAUUGUUUAUGGGUUGCCUGCCAGUUGUGCUCAGCUGACACCACAUGCAGGAUUUGGCAUUUGUUGGCAAUAAACUCCCAAUGUGUGGGGGCGCAUGCUAAAAUCUGGAUCCUGUUUGUUGUUGCAGCUGUAGGCUACAAGCUCUUCACAAACAAGGACCCAAUGUGAAAAAACUUUUCAAUGUUUUUUCUGAACUUCUGUGGCUCUGAUGGUCUUAUAAGUUACUGCUAGCCACAUAAAUCUAUAAAAACAUUUUUUUUAGAUUAAAUGCCUGGUCUGGAGAACUACAAAACGUGUAAUCUAGAGCAAGCAUAUGAUGUAGAAUACUUCUGUCUUUUAGGGGAAAAUAUAUCUCUUUAAAUUCUUCCUAUUUUACAAAUGGUAGUAAUUUUCUAUUGAAUCUGAUGGCAAAACUCCUCUUGACAUGAAAGCUUCAGUUGAGGGUGCUCAACAAGAACAGUCUAAUUUUAGUUUCUCUCUAGUGCCUACAGUAUAAAAAUCUAUAAAUUUUUAAAAAAGAAAAGCAGUCUUUGCUGUUCCCAUCAUUUCUGUGGUAAGCGAAAGCAUUCGUUCAUCUUAAAACUGAAGUAUAGUAUUUGAUUCUAAUUUGUUAUGUAAUAAUAAAACAUAUUUCACAGCUGUUCAGAUUACCUAGUAGUGACUGCACAUAUUCUAUGAGCACUUCCUAGAGACCAUCAAAGUAUUUUAGUAAACUGUAAUUUUAAAAUAUAUAAAAGAGAUUUUUAAAAGCCAUAUUUAUAGAAAGGUGACAUAUCUAUUUCUAUAGCCAUUGACCUUAUAGGGGAAAAAUUGAUAAUCUAAUAGUGAAUUGUCUAUAUGGCACCUUGAGUUUAACAAAUGAGGCUAAGUUUUGAAUAAGCCAGAUGUACUGUUGUAUACAUUUAAAAUCAGAUUUAAUGCAGAAUAUUCCACCUUAAAAUUCUUUAGAGCCACCUAUAUAGAAUGUCUGUGUUCAGCCCGGCAGUCUUUGUUUUUAAAAGGUGAGUUUACAAAAAAAGAACUUUAGCCAGAAAGCAAAACAAAAGCAAAAAGACUUGGGAUAUGUUUAGGCUAGCAUUUCAUUUGAGUUAGGCUGUUGUUUCUAUUAUGUUCUGCUCCAGUGAUUGGACUGAUAAUGCUUCUGCACUGGACAAAAAUAAAGAAUAAUGUCCUGUACUGUACUUUAUAGUUUUGUUUAAACUAUAAGAUGUCGUUCAGCAUUAAUCUUUUCCUUUCAAUUCCCUCUUAUCUUUUUUUUAUAUAUAAGUAAUUAUGUGGCUUAUGGGUUUAUAGUGGACUCUUACUAGAAGCAUUGCUUAUUUCACACAGAUGCUAUUUUCCCCCUUUCCCAUUAAAAUGAACCUUUUGCAGGUUUUCUAUCUCAAAUGGGCAAAAAAUGAGAAUAAAAUGUUGAUGCUUGCAGUCACAGCCUUGGUGGUGUUCCUUUGCUACAGGGAGAGGUUAAUCCACCAGAUGCCAUUGCUUGUGCUGCUCUGGCAGAACCUGUGUUCUUCGAAAAUUUGACUUGAAUAGGAUUUCCCUACCACCACCACCGCUUGGAAGAUGUACAGUGGUAAUAUUUCUUGGGCUGCUCCCAGGAAAUAUUUCAGUGAAAGUCCUUAAACAUUGCCACUGACCAUUUGGGUGACUCAGUGUUUUCCUAACCUGCAGUGAAAGCUAUUGCGUGCAAUCAACUCUGCAUACUGAGCUGCCUGGAACUUACCAUUCCACUCUAAACUUCAGUGAAAGGGGAGGAAAAAUGUACAUAAUUAAGGUAUUAAUGGUUUCUGCCUUGGUGACACCAUCAGGCAGCCAAUAACCAAAGAAAGAGUGCGUGAGUGAGGGUGCUUUAGCGGGGGUUAAUUUAAAAUAUGAAAGCUGGGCUGGACCGUGUUGCUUGAAAUAGUAUGAUUUCGCCCACCAUUUUUUAAAUACAUCUUCAGGUAACCAUUUGCCUUAUAGGUGUAUUUCAUUGUUAGAAAUAAUUCGUGUUUGACUAGAAUAUAUUGUUGUCUGUCACUUAGAGUAUAUAGUGUACUUCGUGUCUUUUAGGCACUUUAUCGUGGACCUAUCAUGGAAUAGGUUAAUUAUUAAUUACUUGCGUAAUGUCAUAAAUAUUUACAGGCAUUCUAUAGGGGUACUGCUGCCUAUGGAUAAAGAUAUGUACCCUAAUCAGGACGUUAUAUUUUCACCACAUAUAAGCUAAUGGGAAAAAUACAUUAUGUUUCAAAGAAUGCAUAUCAUAUAUCUAUAUCUGUCUAUGUAUCAUGCAGAGCACCUACGAUAAUAUAUUAUACACUAUUCAUUUAAUAAAUCAUUCUUCUUGAGGCCCUACCUCAACUUUUGUAUUUAUGUGUACAAAUGCAAUUUACUGUAUUAUAUAUUUGGCUAUUAUAUUCUGAUGUUACAAAU